AUGGCCAUCAAUACAGAUGCUGCGUUUCCAAAGGACGCCCUCAACGAAACUGGAGCCUCACAUCCUUCUGAUUUCAACGAAACGCAUAAACUCCUAUCCGUUGCGACGACGGAACCAACCGAAGGAUACAAGCUUAAAUCCUCUAACUCACCCAGAGGUAGUGUUAAGUCGCUCAACGUGGACCAAAAAGGACAAAAAUCACCUUUGAGAUCACCGUCUGCGAGUAACAUCACAGUGCCCCCAGUCUCACCUUCUCUCUCCCAGACUCGUCUUAGUUUCAGCCGUCAAUCCCCAGCACCGAACGCGCCCGAGCCGCCGAGUUUUCUGUGGCUCGCUGUACUCUCCUGUUUCUGUCCUUCCCCGAUUAGCCUCUUUGCCCUUUAUUUUGCGCACACGUCCCGUUCCUUGGUGUUGGCAGGGGAUCUUGAUGGAGCAAAGAAGCUUGGACGUCGGGCUUUGUUUUUUAGCCUCCUCGCCAUUGUAGUGGGCCUGGCUAUUCUCCUCUAUCUUGGGCUUUCAAUAACCACAAGAAAAAGUCUGCAGGGAUAA